CGCGCACUCACUCUCGCUCCCCCCCACGCAUCCGUCGCCGUCGCCAUUGCCAGCGACCGGCGUCGCGUCCAGUACCGCCGCGCGGACCUCGUAUCUGGGCCGCAUAAAGCGGGAGGCCGGGAGCGCCCCUCGGCUGGCUGGCUGAGGGGACGCCGUGCGUUCCGUAGAUUCCCCUACCGCUGCCGCCGCCGCCGCCGCUCUGCUGCUCACACACCCCCUCGCCAUCCAUCCAUGGCGCAAGAACGGGAGCCGCUCCUGGAGAACGGCAAUGCCGCCGGUGGGGGAGCCAAGGGCUCGCCGACGGCGCCGCUGCCAUCGCUGGCCAAGACCGUGCUCAAGGUCCUCAUGUGGGCGGUGUCCCUCACCUGGGCCGCCGCGAUCUUCUUCUACCCAACCAAGCCCGCGCAGGCGGCGCUCCAGAAUUGGAUGGCGGUCACAAAGCACUCCCUGUUCGGCAUCACCGGGAGUAUUUUCCUAGCCUUCAGCGCGCCGAUUCUGAUCGUUGCGGCUCUCGCAUAUGUCUACAUCUCCGUCUUCCCGAGUGACCAUGUCCAUGUGGAGAAGAACAAGCUAAAGUCAUUGUGUUUUCGUCUCUGGACUUUCCCUGUUCUUGUGGAUGGCCCUUUCGGGGUUGUUUCAGCGGUAGAAUUCAUCGGAAUUGUCCUAUUUAUCACCUAUGUUGUCUACUCGAUGACCUAUUACGCUUUGGAGAGCGUGAGCCUCAUCUCAAAAUUUGACAUGACUUCGCUUACUCACAGUGAGCUGCUCUUGUACAUUAUCGGCAUCCGUUUCGGAUCAGUGGGGUUGUUUUGCAUGGCCUUCCUGUUCCUCCCUGUCUCGAGGGGUUCAGUUCUUCUCCGGCUUAUCGAUAUUCCAUUCGAGCAUGCUACUAGAUACCACGUUUGGCUCGGCCAUCUUACGAUGAUUCUCUUUACAUUACAUGGCCUGUGUUAUGUGAUCGCAUGGUCUUUCGAGGGGAAUCUACUUAAAGAAAUGGCUGAAUGGAAAGAAAUCGGGGUGGCAAACUUGCCCGGUGUGAUCAGCUUGGCAGCCGGCCUGCUAAUGUGGGUGACGUCACUCCACCUGGUGAGGAAGAGGUUCUUCGAGCUCUUCUUUUACACCCACCAGCUCUACGUGAUCUUCGUCGUGUUCCUGGCGUUCCACGUCGGCGACUUCGCCUUCAGCAUUGCAGCAGGACCCAUCUUCCUCUUCAUGCUCGACCGCUUCCUGAGGUUCUGGCAGUCCAGGGCCAAGGUGGACAUCAUCUCGGCGUCCUGCCGCCCAUGCGGAACCGUGGAGCUAGUCUUCUCAAAGCCAGCAAAUCUUAGGUACAAUGCUCUCAGCUUCGUCUUCGUUCAGGUGCGCGAGCUGUCGUUCUUGCAGUGGCACCCGUUCAGUGUGUCGUCGAGCCCCAUGGAUGGGAGGUACCACAUGUCGGUCCUGAUCAAGGUGCUGGGCUCGUGGACUGAGAGGCUGAGGGGCAUCAUCACCGAUGCCCAGGAGCAGACCAGGAGUGGCUCCGGGUCAGAAUCUGGCCGGAUAACCGCCUGCGUGGAAGGGCCGUACGGGCAUGAAUCGCCGUACCACCUGAUGUACGAGAAUCUCAUCCUGGUGGCAGGAGGCAUCGGCAUAUCGCCGUUCCUGGCGAUUCUGAGCGACAUAGUCCACAGGAUCGAGGAAGGCAGGCCAUGCAUGCCCAAGAACGUGCUGGUGCUGUGGUCGGUGAAGAAGUCCAGCGAGCUCUCCCUCCUAUCGGCCGUCGACGCGCAGUUCAUCAGCUCCUCUGUCUCUGACAAGCUGCAUCUCGACAUCCAGGCCUUCGUUACCCAAGAAUCCCAGCCUCCAUUGGAGGAUGGCAUUGUUGGGGACGACCAGAAGGCCACCGGCAUGUUCGUCAAGAACGGCACAACCAUGUCCGGGCUGGUCGGCACGGGGGACAGUUUCUGGGCGGCCAUGUACUUCGCGGCGUCGACGCUGGGCUUCGUCCUGGCGUACGCGCUGGCGCAGGCGUACUACGUGCCGCGCUUCCACGUGGUUGCGUGGUGGCACCUGGGCCUCGUGUUCGUGCUGUGCAUGACCGCCGGCGUGGCGCUCCCGGGCGGCCUCGUCGUCCUCCUGUGGCACCUAUCCGAGAAAGGGAAAGCGGAGGACGACAGGUUGGACGCCGGCGCCGCUGGCACGGCCGCGGCGCGGAACGGCGAGGAGGCCGAGCAGACAACGAACGACGGCGGCGGCGGCGGCGCGGCCGACGGGGUCAGCCUCGCGGCGAUGAAGACGACGCGGUACGGGUGCCGGCCACAGUUCGAAGCGGAGUUCGCGGCGUUCGCGGAGGUGGCCUCCGUCGCCCGGGGCGGCGCCGGCGCGGGGGACGUGGGCGUGCUGGUGUGCGGGCCGCCGGGGCUGCAGACCAGCGUGGCGCGGGAGUGCAGGUCGCAGAACCUCGGCCGCCAUGGCGGGAGGCGCCGGCGCGCCGCCGCCGUCUUCCAUUUCAACAGCCACAGCUUCGACCUCUAGACUAUACUAGCAGCCGUGACGAGCACAUGCAUGCGACGCACCACACCGUUAUUAACUGUAAAUCUGCACACCACACGUACGACACGUCGUCAGCACUCAGCACGAACUGUAAAUCUGUAAAGACUGAACGUCCUGCAUGCUCCAUGGGAUGCGUAUAUUGCUGUUUGUACGUAUAGCGUAGGGCGUAGCCGCGUAGGCGAUCACGUUUUGUCAUCGGCGUGCGUGUAUUCUGCACAUGCAUGGAUGUAAAGACAUUAUGUUAUCUAUACUUGUACCUAAUGUCCAUCCAUAAUGUCGGUGAAAGUAAAUCUGCCACCAUAGUUCUUUUAUAAAUGAGCAUUUAAUAUUUUUUUUGAUG